UCCCUUAUUGUGCAUUUGUAUAUUUUCAGGAAGCUUCACCAAAUAAGCAUGUUUCUAUAGUUUUUAAAUGGAUGAGAUUAUACAGUUGUCUUUCUUUUUUGGGCUACUCUUCUAUUCUGAAACAUUUCUCACGAGACGCAGGCAACCGGAUCUGUUUUGUGCAGAUUGUAAAAUAGUUAGCUAGCACAGUCAUGUCAUCGCAUGAUCUGACAUUGUAGAAGUUAGCUAUUAGUUAGGUUUUCUCUGCUUUAGACCACCCCUACAUUUUGCAAUGUCUUCUAUCCUGGAUGAAUACGAGGACUCGCUGAACAGCAGGCAACACAGUAGCCGCCUGUCUGCUGCCAACAUCGGCAUAACACACUCCGGGUUCGUGAAUGUGAGACUGGAGGAAGAGAAGCCGAUAUUCAACAAACAGAGGAUUGAUUUCUCACCCCCAGAGAAGAUCAACCACUUUGCUGUCUGCAACAAUCAACUAUGCAUGAGUUUAGGAAAGGACACUCUUCUGAGGAUUGACCUUGCCAAGCCGGACCGGCCCAACCAGGUAGAGCUGGGGAGGAAGGAGGACAGCAGAGUACACAAGCUCUUCCUGGACCCCACAGGGUCUCACCUGGUGAUUUCUCUCAGUACCAGUGAGUGUCUGUAUCUGAACAGGAACACCCAGAGGGUGAGGUGUCUGUCCCGCUGGAGAGGACACCUCAUAGACAGUGUAGGCUGGAACAAGCUACUGAGGACAGAGACCAACACUGGGCCCAUCCUAGUGGGAACCAGCCAGGGAAUCAUCUUCGAGGCUGAGAUCUCUGCUUCAGAGGGAAGCUUGUUUAACACCAACCCCGACCACUACUUCAAACAGGUCCAUUCCCUGGAGGAGGACGGGAGGCCCGCUCCAGUAUGCUGUAUAGAGGUGGAACGAGGUCCGGAGUCUAAAGUCGUCAUCAUCGCCACCACCAGGAAGCGUCUGUUCCAGUUUGUAGGUCGUGUGGCAGAGGGGUCCGAGCAGCAAGGCUUCAGCUCCAUAUUCUCACAGAAUCAGGAGCUUCUGCCCAGCUUCCAGGAGUUUCCGUUUAAUAUGGGCUACAGUGAGAUCACCUUCUACACCCCCAAGCUCAGGUCGUGCCCCAAGGCCUUCGCAUGGAUGAUGGGUAACGGAGUUCUCUACGGUCAGCUGGACUACGCCAAGAUGGACUCGCUGCUCAGUGAUGUGCAGGUGUGGGAUUACACCCCAGACAUAGACUUCAGUUUCAACAAGCCCAUCUCCAUCGUGUUGACUCAGUUCCACAUUCUACUCCUCCUCCCUGACCGCGUCAAAGCCAUCUGCACCCUCAACGGACAGGUGGUGUACGAGGACGUGUUCCCUGAUAAGUUCGGCACUCUGAAGAAGAUGAUUAAGGACCCAGCAGGAGGCCUGGUGUGGAUCUACACUGAGAAGGCCGUCUUUAGAUACCACAUCCAGAGAGAAGCCAGGGAUGUGUGGCAGAUGUACAUGAGUAUGAACAAGUUUGACCUGGCUAAGGAGUACUGCCGGGACCGGCCAGAGUGCAUGGACAUAGUCCUGGCUAAGGAGGCAGAACACUGCUUCCAGGACAAACGUUACCUGGAGAGUGCUAAGUGUUACGCCCUGACCCAGAACUACUUUGAGGAGAUUGCGUUGAAGUUCAUCGAGGCGAAACAGGAAGAAGCUCUGAAAGAGUUCCUUCUGAAGAAACUCAACAACCUGAAGCAGAGUGAGAAGACCCAGAUCAUCUUACUGGUCACCUGGCUGACGGAGCUCUACCUGAAUCGCCUGGGGCUUCUACAAUCAGAUGAGGGGAAACAUGAGGUGUUCCAGGAGACACGUGAUGAGUUCCGGAAGUUCCUCAGUAGUUCCAAACACAAGGAGUGUCUCUAUAACAACCGUACGACCAUCUAUGACCUGCUGGCUAGCCACGGCAACGUGCACGACAUGGUCUACUUCUCUGUCGUCAUGCAGGACUAUGAGAGGGUGAUCUCCCACCACUGUCAGCAUGAUGACUAUAGCGCCGCCCUGGAGGUGCUUUCUAAGCACUGCGACGAGAAGCUCUUCUAUAAGUUCUCCCCCAUCCUCAUGCAACACAUACCUAAGAAGGUGGUGGAUGCGUGGAUCCAGAUGGGUAGCAGGCUGGAGCCUAAGAAGCUGAUCCCAGCCCUGGUCAACUACAGUCAGAUGGGACCGACACAACAGGUCAACGAGACCAUCCGUUACAUGGAGUUCUGUGUCUACCAGCUCACUGUGACCGAAGAGGCCAUACACAACUACCUGCUGGCCCUCUACGCCAAGUACAAACCUGAUAGUCUCUUGUGGUACCUGGAACAGGCUGGGACCCACUUGUCAGACAUCCACUAUGAUUUAAAGUACGCCCUGAGGCUGUGUGCUGAACACGGUUACCUCCAGGCCUGUGUUCUGGUCUAUAAGAUCCUGGAGCUGUAUGAGGAGGCUGUUGAUCUGGCCCUACAAGUGGAUGUGGACCUGGCCAAGACGUGCGCUGACCUGCCUGAGGAGGAUGAGGAGUUGAAGAAGAAGUUGUGGCUGAAGAUCGCCCGUCACGUGGUGCAAGAGGAGAAGGAUGUGAAGAAGGCCAUGAACUGUCUGUCCAGCUGUAACCUGCUCAAGAUCGAAGACAUACUGCCCUUCUUCCCAGACUUCGUCACCAUAGACCACUUUAAGGAAGCUAUCUGCAGCUCUUUAGAGGAGUACAACCAGCAUAUAGACGAGCUGAAGCAGGAGAUGGAGGAGGCGACGGAGAGCGCCAAGCGGAUCAGAGAGGACAUCCAGGAGAUGAGGAACAAGUACGGGGUGGUGGAGAGUCAGGAGAAAUGUGCUGCCUGCGACUUCCCCCUCCUCAACAGACCCUUCUAUCUGUUCCUCUGUGGACACAUGUUCCACUACGACUGCCUCUUCCUGGAGGUGAGCCCUCACCUGUCCACCUACAAGCAGACUAAACUAGAUGAGCUGCAGAAGAAGCUGGCUGCAGCCACUCAGACCUCCAAGUCCCGCCAGCGCCCCGCCACGAAGGAGAAGGAGGAGGGGGGCGACACCGCCAGCCUGGGGAAAGGAAGCGCCAGGGUCAGCCGCGAGCAGAUCAAGUCCGACAUCGAUGACAUCAUCGCCUGCGAGUGUGUGUACUGCGGGGAGCUGAUGAUCAAGUCGAUCGACAAGCCGUUUAUUGAUCCACAGAAGUUCGAGGAGGAAAAGUCCAGCUGGCUCUGAAAUGGAUGGUUGGACUGCCUGAAACUGGACGGGUUUGACAUGGCGGACUUGAGGUGGCUGUCUGAAUGGAAACGGGUCUGAAAUGGACUUGAGCUGCCAUUCUGAAAAUGACAAGUGAAAUGAAGUGGGACUGGAACUGGUCUGAAAUGAGCUGUCUGAACUCUUGAGUGAAAUAGACUUUAUUUCAGAAAUGUCUGAAAUGAUGACUGAAAUGGACAACUUAUGCUGUCUGAAAUGGAAUGGAAUAUCUCUCUGUGAUAAUGGGAAGUAUAGCCACCGCUGCCUGGUGAUGGAUAGACACAGAAAAGGGGAAGGAAUGCAGGAUCUCCUUUGUAACCUCUUAUCAAAUCAAAUGUUAUUAGUCACAUGCGCCGAAUACAACAGGUGUAGAUAGACCUCACAGUGAAAUGCUGAAUACAACAGGUGUAGUAGACCUUACAGUGAAAUGCUGAAUACAACAGGUGUAGUAGACCUCACAGUGAAAUGCUGAAUACAACAGGUGUAGUAGACCUCACAGUGAAAUGCUGAAUACAACAGGUAUAGUAGACCUUACAGUGAAAUGCUGAAUACAACAGGUGUAGUAGACCUUACAGUGAAAUGCUGAAUACAACAGGUGUAGUAGAUCUUACAGUGAAAUGCUGAAUACAACAGGUGUAGGUAGACCUUACAGUGAAAUGCUGAAUACAACAGGUGUAGUAGACCUCACAGUGAAAUGCCCAAUACAACAGGUGUAGUAGACCUUACAGUGAAAUGCUGAAUACAACAGGUGUAGUAGACCUCACAGUGAAAUGCUGAAUACAACAGGUGUAGUAGACCUUACAGUGAAAUGCUGAAUACAACAGGUGUAAACCUUACAGUGAAAUGCUGAAUACAACAGGUGUAGUAGACCUUACAGUGAAAUGCUGAAUACAACAGGUGUAGUAGACCUUACAGUGAAAUGCUGAAUACAACAGGUGUAGUAGACCUUACAGUGAAAUGCUGAAUACAACAGGUGUAGUAGACCUUACAGUGAAAUGCUGAAUACAACAGGUGUAGUAGACCUUACAGUGAAAUGCUGAAUACAACAGGUGUAAACCUUACUGUGAAAUGCUGAAUACAACAGGUGUAGUAGACCUUACAGUGAAAUGCUGAAUACAACAGGUGUAGUAGACCUUACAGUGAAAUGCUGAAUACAACAGGUGUAGUAGACCUUACAGUGAAAUGCUGAAUACAACAGGUGUAGUAGACCUCACAGUGAAAUGCUGAAUACAACAGGUGUAGUAGACCUCACAGUGAAAUGCUGAAUACAACAGGUGUAGUAGACCUUACAGUGAAAUGCUGAAUACAACAGGUGUAAACCUUACAGUGAAAUGCUUACUUACAAGCCCUUAACCAACAAUGCAGUUUUAAGAAAAUACCAACAAAAACAAGUAAAAGAUAAGAAUAACAAAUAAUUAAAGAGCAGCAGUAAAAUAACAAUAGCGAGGCUAUAUACAGGGGAUACCGGUACAAUGUGGAGGCUAUAUACAGGGGUUACCGGUACAAUGUGGAGGCUAUAUACAGGGGGUACCGGUACAGAGUCACUAUGGAGGCUAUAUACAGGUUGUACCGGUACAAUGUGGAGGCUAUAUACAGGGGGUACCGGUACAAUGUGGAGGCUAUAUACAGGGGGUACCGGUACAAUGUGGAGGCUAUAUACAGGGGGUACCGGUACAAUGUGGAGGCUAUAUACAGGGUGUUACAGUACAGAGUUAAUGUGGAGGCUAUAUACAGGGGGUACCGGUACAGAGUCAAUAUGGAGGCUAUAUACAGGGGGUACCGGUACAAUGUGGAGGCUAUAUACAGGGUAUUACGGUACAUAGUCAAUGUGGAGGCUAUAUACAGGGGGUACCGGUACAAUGUGGAGGCUAUAUACAGGGUGUUACAGUACAGAGUCAUCGUGGAGGCUAUAUACAGGGUGUUACGGUACAGAGUCAAUGUGGAGGCUAUAUACAGGGUGUUACGGUACAGAGUGAAUGUGGAGGCUAUAUACAGGGUGUUACGGUACAGAGCCAAUGUGCGGGGGCACUGGUUCGUCGAGGUAAUAUGUACAUGUACAUAGAGUUAUUAAAGUGACUAUGCAUAGAUAAUAACAGAGAGUAGCAGCAGUAUAAAAGGGGGUGGGGCAAUGCAAAUAGUCUGGGUAGCCAUUUGAUUGGCUCCUCUGUGUCUCUGUAGUAUCAUAUAUUCUAGUCUCUUUCUCCCAUUUUUCUGCUAAUCUUCAGACUGCACUGAGGCUGUCAGUCUCUUGCACGCGCAUUGCUUCAUCAGACGUUACUAAAGUAGAUCAGUUUACCGUCUUUACACUCAAAUCUGUCUGAAUUUAACAAAACAACUCUGAAAUUGUCUCUGAAAUGUAGAUUUUAUAAAUUCAGAUUGAUUAAUCUCAACUGGUAUUAGUUAAUUCCACUGGCUAGAGACAUGAAUAGUACUAUAGAAUGAAUGCGCUGAAUUACUCAUGUUAUGUGUCACUUCCUUCACCCCUGUUUCAUUGACUGGCGGUGUUUUCUGUUGUGACUCUGAGAUCAGGUCAGUGUAACCACACUUUGCUAUGGUUUGCUAAAAAUGCACUUGUGAAAAUUAAACAAAUGUUUAAAUCA